UGCUCCGCUUUCUCCGUGAUGUUCUUUCACAGGCUGGAUAGAAACAUUAGGGUACUCUAACAGGGAUCAGACACAGGCGUCGCAGUAUGAUUUCUCUUGUACGUUUAGUUUAAUGACAGGAAGGUGGCUUAAAUAACUAUUUGGAAGAGUUCCUUGGGCACACAGCCAGAACAACUGAAGAUUAUUCCCUGAAGAAGAUGUGAGUUCAUAAGGUGGUGACCCCUCCAAAAUGGCAAGACUUCCUCUGAGCUUGUGAACCAAAGGAUGCCUGAGAGACCAUGACAUCAUAACCAGAUACCAGAGAGCAGGGGCAGUACUGUACCAGAGUGGUUAAGAAACUGGACUUGUGACUCAGAGGUUGCAACAUCAAAUCCUCAGGAAAAGGUUGCCAACCUAAAUUUCUAAAGUGAAAUAUCAAGAUGGAUAAAUGAAUAGCAUGUAAAAACAUAAGCUUUAUAAGUCACUCUGGAUACGGGCAUCUGCUAAGCAGAUAAAUAAUGUCAUAAUGUUUGGACAAAUCACCACAGCACAUCGCAAAGGACUGCUAUGCCUACCAGAGGAGCUUGUAGAGUUGUGUCGUUGGAGAUUACCCCACCUGGCUCUCAGUCCCUAAGGGGUCCCCUUUUCGUUUAACUUCUUCCUCCGCUCUGCGGUGGCCGGGACUGAUUGGGAUUUCGGAAGAUGGAUAAAACCCCCGAGGCCCUCAACCUUUCCUUCCUCCUGGAUCACGAAAGGGAGAUGAUCCUGAAUGUGCUUCAGAAGGAUGACAAGCUGAGGAAGCUGGAGGAGAAGAGAGUGCGGAAGUUGAAGAACGAGCUGCAGGAUAUCAAGCACAGUGGUGCUCAGCACCUCCCGGAGGCCAGUGAGCGCCAGUGCGGCCGCUGCCAGAAGUCCCUGGGUCUGAUCUUUGACCGCGGCGAGCUGUGUGAGGAGUGUGGGCAGCGCGUCUGUGAGGCCUGCUGCGUCUCUCCAGCCGCAGGGAGGUGGAGGUGCUCUGUCUGCGCCAAGAUCUUGCAGCUGAAGGUGGUGACAGGCGAGUGGUUUCUGGAGGAGCGGUCGAAGAGAUUCUCUCCGGGAAGCAUCCUGAGCAGUGACGUAGUCAAGCAGUCCAUCCUGUACUGCCCCCCAGGUGACGGUAAGGCAGACAAUGGGACCAUCCGGUCUGAUGAACAGGAGAGGGUUGACACACCCCAGUCCAGCAGGAGCGCACCCCAGUCCAGCAGGAGCACACCCCAAAAUGCACCGGACAUGGCAAAGAGGAAAGGGGUGGAUCUAGACAAGAGGAACAGCCGACCAGCACUCAGAGUGGGGAGCGAUUGGGACAGCCGGGCCAGGACAGGUUCUGCUCCUGACCUGGGUGCACAUUCCGCCUGCAGAAGAAGCUCCACCCCCCAGUCCUGCAGGGGGCAUUAUGCUGCCAUGGAAACUUCGGAGCUGCCUACGGUACCCAACAGCCUCCGCUCCAAAACCAUUGGGAGGUCCUCCAGUCCCAGCAAGCACAGCACAGACUUGGGGUGCAGCAGGAGGGUGCGGAACUGGGUACACAGCCUGGAGCAUUCUUGGCCGGACGGCGCAGAGAGCACGGCUGGUUCCCAUGGCAGCGACGGCAUUCUGAACAGCAUGGUCACCAUGCAUUGCAAGACGGAGUCUGGCACCCCUGCUAUCGCCGUGUCCAAAGAUUCUUUGGCCUCAGACCGCAGGCAAUCUGAAGUGGACCUGGGUGCUCCUGGUGCUGGUGGUCCUGGUGCUGGUCCCAGCGAUGGCACGCUCAGCCUGAGGUGUCGGUCCGUGCCUGGGGAGUUAAACGAUGGCGAAUACGCGGAUAACGAGACAGCUGAAGACGCUGAUGCCCUGACGCUGGCCCGCAGUGCUGUGGCCAACAGAAGCGUGACGAGCGCGCUAUCCAUGUACACUCCGCCAAGCUCAGAGCGGAAAUGGAGCCAUCUCAAUGUGCCUGACUCGGAUGCGGAGACGAGCAGUCUCAACAGCAUGAUGAGCAUCUACAGUGAGGCCGGUGACCACGGCAAUGCCAGCAUCAGCGGGGAGAUCCUGCUCCACAUCACCUAUAGCUACCGGACCGGCGUGCUCAACAUCCUGGUCAAGGAGUGCCGAAACCUGGCCAUCGGGGACAACAGGAAGCAGCGCACGGAUCCCUAUGUGAAGGUGUACCUUCUACCAGACAAGUCUCGUCACAGCAAGAGGAAAACCAGCAUCAAGAGCAACACGAUCAGCCCUGUGUUCAAUGAGACCCUGAAGUACGUAAUCAGCCGAUGCCAGUUGGAGACCCGCACCCUGCAGCUGUCUGUCUGGCACUCCGACCGCUUCGGCCGCAACUGCUUCCUGGGUGAGGCAGAGGUGCCCUUUGACUCCUGGGACUUUGAGUCCCAGGUUGAGGAGUGGUUCUCCCUACAGCCAAAGCAGGUGGUCAGAGCUGUGGACCCCGUUUUGCAGUACAAGGGUGAGCUGACUGUGGUACUGAGGUACAUUCCUGCUGAGAAGAACCUCAUGCUGCCUCUGGACCAGGUCCAAGAAAAGAAAGGCUUUCUGAAAGGAAAGAAGAAGAGCUUCAAGUUGCCCAAAGGGGGGAUGGUGGAGCUGCUUGUCAGAGAGGCCAAGAACCUGACUGCUGUGAAGUUUGGGGGGACGUCUGACACAUUUGUAAAAGGCUACCUCCUCCCGGACAACAACAAAUCCACGAAGCACAAGACCGCGGUGGUGAGGAAGACUGUGAAUCCGCAGUGGAACCACACUUUCACCUACUGCGGCUUGCAGCCCGGAGACCUCAACAACGUCUGCCUGGAGCUCACCGUCUGGGACAAGGAGUCCCUCUCUAGCAACGUCUUCCUGGGGGGCAUUCGGCUUGGUGCUGGAACUGGGCAGAGCUACGGGAAAGAUGUGGACUGGAUGGACUCCUACGGGGAGGAGCAGCGGCUAUGGCAACGCAUGGUUGACAACCCGGAGGUCCCUCAUGAGUGCACCCUGAUGCUGAGGUCCAGCAUGGAGAAGCACAACCCGUGAGAGAGAAAGCCCCAAGCUGCGAUCAUCAUUUCCCCGAUGCACAUGGAGUACGGACACGUAGCCCUUCCUAGCUCCGCCCGCUAAAAUGUGAAACACGUUAAUGUUCCAGUCAGGACCACGCACUGAUUCACUGUGACAACACAAAAAGAUUAUAUUUAAAAACAAGCACAGAUGCCACAGUGCUUUCAUUUCCGCCCUAGGCACAAUGUAGUCUGCAGGUAUACAUUCAAUCACUGGUGCAGUGUGUCAUCUCAUCAGGUGUUUGCUUUUGCAAUGUUUUUCUGACCAGUAGAAUGGGAAAAAAAAAAUAAUAAUAAAAUAGAAAACCGUCUCCUCGGGACUUCAGUAACUGUAUAAAUGUUACAUCCAGAAUGUUUACUGUGAGUUAAGUUGAAAUGCAGCACAAGGUACAAAGGACCCGUGUCUAUGAGUAUGAGUGCCAUGUACUCCAACAGCCCCUAAUGGCUUCUUAGGCUGGAAAAUAGAUAGACUGACAAAUGAGACGCAUUUUCUGGCUGUAGAGUUGUUCUAUGUUUCUAUAAAAAAUAUUCCAGUCUGUUUGUAGUCUGUUUGUUUGCCUGCUGGAGGAUUCUUUGAAGGCUGAGUCUGUAUUCAUCAUGUCAAACUUCCAUAUAAAUGUUUCAUUUAUAUAGAAAAUAUUAUUUUUAGAGGUGCAUGUUGAUUAAGCACAUGACAAAACAUACUGAUGUGUUUUUCAGAGGUGCUUAUGGGAGUUGUAGUUACACAGUACAUAUAGUUUAUAUUGCACAAGCACAAGCAUCCUCCCUUUAACCCCACUGCAGUUCAUUACCCCCCCCCUGCUCACCUGCUCUUUUUUUCUACAUAUAUUUCAGCCUCUGAUACUUAACUUUGUAUAGUUACUUACUUAGUUUACUUCAUAACCUAAGGAGCCAUCUACUGUAACAAAGAUUACAAUAUACAUAAAGAUGUGUACAAGUUCUAGUACAUAGGGCAGACCCCACAGGUAAAUACGAUCCCAUCCCCUAUCAUAUAUUCAAAUUUCCAUUUCCUUCCAAACACUGGGAAAAGUUCUGUAGCAUUGCCAUUCCUGUAUUUCUGCUUCUCAUCCAUCCGGUAUUGUCCUCUUUCAAGGGCAUGCUUUAGUCAUCUUAUCUGAAAUUUUGGUCUGAAUGUACGAGGGACAACAUGGCACAGUGUGAAAUGUAAAUGCCGUGCUGUACUUUUCAAAUAUGAGUUCUAUUAAACUAUGUGGCAUAAGGGUAAGUGCAUUGAGAUGGUAAUGGGGAGGCUAACAGCCGCUGUUGUGACAUCCAGAGUACUGUACGUGGGGUAAUUAGGCCUAAAAAGAUGACCAACGACUGAAAUGAAAGUUAUGUGCAAUAUUCUGCUUCUCCGGAAAAAAAGUCUCACCUUGUCAAAUGCAUGUAAUGCCUCUAUUAGGUUUUUGUAACUUUGUAAGUUAAAUCAAGACUCAUGAUGUGAAAUUAAAAAGCUGUACAAGUAUUUUAUUUGUUUUCAACAUGUAACUAGAAUAUUUUGAAGAAAUAAACUACACACAUUUACCUCAGA